CGCUCCUGUUUGACCCUACAACUGUUGACGCACGUCGUGUGCCUUGCAACCUCUCUCUCUCUCUCUUCAACAACCACCUUCGUUUUCCUGUUGUUCAACCUCUUCUACUGCCGAUCUCUACCUCUAAUAAUAAUGCAUCUCUCAACGACGGUGGUUGGACUGGCCACUGCUGCUCUUACUGCAGCCCAGGCCCCCAGCAUCAAUGACUUCACAGCUGCACAGAUCGCCAAUGGCGAGGCUUUCAGGAACAUAUCGACUUAUGCGGACGAGACCAUGCAAUCAAACAUUGCCGGCAGAGCCAACGCACAAUGCACAUAUGACAACGCCAGUGUGCGAAGAGAAUGGCGCACGCUCCCAGAAGCAACGCGCAAGAGCUUCACAGACGCUGUCACAUGCCUCCAAAACCACGCUCCAACACAUAUGACCAACUUGGAAGGUCCGAACUAUCCCGGUGUCAAGUCACGAUUCGACGAAUAUGUCGCUACUCACAUCAACUACACUCUGAACAUCCACGACACCGCCGAUUUCUUUGCUUGGCAUCGUGCAUUCACCUACUUCCUCGAGCAGGAUCUCAUCAACCUUUGCGGUUACGAAGGUGUCAUGCCAUACUGGAAUUGGGCCGAAGAUGCCGCGGCUCCGCAAAACUCGCCUCUAUUCAAUGGCGAUGCAUACAGCAUGGGCGGUAACGGAAGAUACGUCCCUGGUCGUGCAGACACUUGGCUCGCUCAGCAAGAUGUUACCUACCCUCCUGGUACCGGUGGUGGCUGCGUGGAGUCAGGCCCAUUCAGCAACUACACAGUCAACCUGGGACCUAUUUCUCUGCCAAAUGCAGACAAUGUCGACUCUUCUUUCCAAUACAACCCACGCUGUCUGGAGCGUGACAUCAACCCUUGGUUCUCAAACCGCUACAACACUUACGAGAACUUGACCACUCUCAUCCUGGAACAGAUCUACGUCGAGAACUUCCAGUGUCUAUCCCAGGGCAUGUGCGGCGACAACGAAUUUGGCGUGCACGGAGGCGGCCACUGGCAGAUCGGAGGUUCCAUGAUGGACUUCUACUCUUCCCCAGCCGAUCCACUGUUCUUCCUUCACCACGCCCAAGUCGACAAGGUCUGGGCCAUCUGGCAAAACCUCGACAUCUGGAACCGCCAAUUCAUCAUUCGUGGCACAGGCACUCUUGGCUGCUCCGCACCAGAUUGCCCGGAGAUGACUCUCGACGACAUGCUUCCAUUCGGCUUUGUCGCUCCGGACCAGAGAUUCCGCGAUCUUAUGGACACCUUUGCUGGACCGUUCUGCUACCGCUACGAGUAGUCAAUUGACCACAGGUGGCGGCAGAAUAUCAUCAGAUGUACAUACAAAAUUCGAUCUAGCUCAGCAGCACCCGGCUGCGGCAAUCUUGUAGAAGACAGGGAGGAGGGUUCACGUGCUUGGAAAGCAAUCAGAUGGCAACAAGAAUCUCGAACUAGGCUUGUGCGUAGUAGCACAGUGGCAUUUAUCGCAGAAUGGCGUGGGAAAGGGCACCAAAAGACCAGAUAGAGUAAAUUUAAUGCAGUCAUGAUCAGCAUAGUCAGCGCCGAAUUGAU